AUGGUGGAAUCAACGGCACCAAAACAUUCAGUCUUUAAGAAUGGUUAUGAAUCAUCAAUGAAUAGUCAGAAGGUUUUAGAAUUGACGGGACGCUCUUUUAUGUUCCUGAGGUCGAUAUACAAUGACGACCUGUCGUCUUUCUUUUGCAGAGAGAUGCUUGUUAUUCAGCUGAAUUACUUGUAUUUGUGGUUUUAUGAGGCUUUUAAAGACUUCCCGUCGGACUCUUACAUUUCCAUAGACGACCUCGAAUGGGACAACCUGCAGAAACUCGGAGUCGAAGAACUGUUUGUACUCUUCCUCAGGUUCAUUUCCAGACUAGAAUCCAUACAAAUAAAGUCUUUAUCCACGCUAGAUACCAUGAUGUACUAUGCAUUCGAGAACGAGCGGAUAGACACCCUGAACAAACUCGACAAGAAAACUGCUACAGACGAUGGGAGUAAGAGAUCGAAUACAGAGAAAAACACAUUGGAUGAAGCACUGAGGAGCGGAUAUUCCCUAAGGAACAAAGAGGCAAAUUAUACGAGUGCAUACAGAUUGCGAUUUUUCAACAGCAUAUUCUCAGAAUUUCCGGAGCAUGAAAAGAUCAGAGAGCAAGUGAAAGCCUCGCUAAAGGCUUCAGUCAUAAAGGGAAUGUUUGACAUUAUAGAUAAACACCCAGAGUUGGCCCCAAGGGAUUUUAAAGAAAAAACAAACGGCGGAUCGAAUUCCAGGCCCAUAUCGCUAUACAACUGCCUCCAUACCAUGACUUAUAUUGACGAGUUUGGUAACAUGUACAAGGUAUUUAGCCAGAUAGACAAGGCUAGUACCCCGAUAAAUGUGAGUCUCUUCGACUACAUUGACUUGUGGAGAAUCUCAAUUGACCAAAAGGCGUCAAAAAAUGGUCUUGUAGUGCAACCCACAAUUCAAAAGGACUCUUCCAUUGAGUUUUUGCCAAAGCAAAUAAAGUUUAGAAACUCUCCAGUGAGUCUCGUGAGGCAUCCAAACACGAUAACCUACUCUGAUGAAGAAGGGAACAAGUAUACUGUUUUUAGCAAAUGGGAGAAUGGGUCUCCCCUAGUUGACGAGAGGUUGGACAAAAUAUACCUCAUGCAGUCUCCUCAGGAGCCGAAUAUCCCUAAUCCACAUUCGGACAGCGGGAGUAGCAUGGACAUUAUCAGCGGGUCGUCCAGCGAUAUCUCCAUAGACAUCGCCGAUGUUGAGUCCACCGCACUAAAUUUCGAGUUUGGAUUCGAGGGAAGUCAUUCCAACGCAAAAUCCAUGGGCAUUUCGAGCAAACAGGUUAAGCUCAAGAGAAGUAUGCAGUCCAUUCAGCCAGUGCCAAACGAUAGUUCCAUGGAUGUCGAGCAGAGCAAGAACAGGCGAACAGUUUUUAGAAACCCUCACGGAGCAACCCUUUUGAAUUUUAACCAUUUAAAAGAUGUGAAAUCUCUGCCAAAGUGUGAACGGGGCAACAAGGAGAAUGGCAUCCACUUGUACCUCAGGUCCGACAUUCUCACGUAUUCCGACGGACAUGGAAAUAUCUACAAGAUAUCCAGACAGUUAGACACAGGAUUCAUCACCAUUGACGAUGACAGACUAAAUACCAUUGCACUGUGGGAGACUAUGCUUCCACAAAUGGCAAAGUUUGACGGGAAUACAACCAGCAACCCCUACCAGGGCGUCUGUAUUUUCAAAUGCCCCUCCACCUGGACAUAUGUCGACAAUUUUGGUCAGAUUUACACGAUAUUCAAGCACAUAAACGAUCCACUCAAGUAG